UUACUUCACCUUCAUUUGGCAACUGCUGCUGGUUACUAAUAAAACAUUUCCUCUCUUCCGCAUAUACAGCCAAUCAGACCAAGUCUGCCUCUAAAGCCGCACAAUCAACAUCUAUGAGCAAACAACCAUCCCAGCAGCAUGCAAAGGUGACCAGUGGACAAGGCAAGUCCACAGAUGAAGAUGUAGAGUUCUUGGAGGAUGACGAUGAUAAUCAAAUGGACUUUGAUAUGGCGGCUUUGAAUCUGGGAGAAAAGAAACUAAAGAUCGCUACAGCAAAGCCAAAGAAGGUGUCGUCUAUCGCAUCAACGCCUGUGAGUUCGCAGCCAUCGUCACCUAAAGUUACACCAUUAGCCAAAAUCCCCCCAUCGAAACGGGUUGAUGUUGAAGCGGAAUACGCAAAACGUACAUCAGACAAGGCCAAAUUGAACAUGGUUGUGAUAGGCCAUGUUGACGCUGGAAAAUCAACCUUGAUGGGCCACUUCCUUUACGCUUUGGGUCAAGUUAGCGAGAAAACCAUACGAAAAUACGAACGUGAAGCGCAAAAAAUUGGCAAAUCUUCCUUUGCGUAUGCAUGGGUUCUUGAUGAAACCGGUGAAGAGCGUAUUCGUGGCAUCACUAUGGAUAUUGCUACAAACAGUUUUGAAACCACAAGUAAACAGUUCACAUUGUUGGAUGCACCGGGACACAGAGAUUUUAUUCCCAAUAUGAUUUCCGGCGCCGCCCAGGCUGAUGUGGCCAUUCUGGUUAUCGACGCAACGACUGGUGAAUUUGAGGCCGGCUUUGAUGCCAAUGGACAAACAAAGGAACACGCUCUACUUGUUAGAAGUCUUGGUGUUCAACAAAUGAUUGUGGCAGUGAACAAACUUGAUGCUAUGGAAUGGUCGAAACCUCGAUUUGAUGAGAUUACUGCAAAACUUGGAACUUUCCUUAUUCAAGCUGGCUUCCGCAAGAGCAAACUUCAUUUUGUGCCCGUCAGUGGUCUAACAGGCGAGAACUUGGUAAAGAAAACAGAAGGAUGUCCGCUGUACGAUUGGUACAAGGGCCAAACCUUGGUUGAGCGUGUUGACCAAUUUGAGCCGCCUGUUCGACUCCUUGACAAGCCCUUCAGAAUGGCCGUGUCAGACUUUUUCAAAGGCGGUAUCGGAAGCUCUAGUGGUGUGUCCGUGGCUGGUAGAAUUGACGCUGGGCAUGUUCAAGUUGGAGAGCAAGUUGUGGCUAUUCCAGGUGGAGAAAUUGGUGUGAUAAAAACCAUGCAGGUUAAUGAUGAUACAGCAACUUGGGGUGCGGCAGGCGAUUCUUGCCUUAUGACUUUAACUGGUCUUGAUAUUAUGCAACUAAGUUCCGGCACCGUACUAUGUACUCCAGCCCAUCCAGUACCUGUUACAUCGACCUUCAUUGCUCAACUGGUGGUGUUUGAUAUCAAGGUGCCAAUAACGUCAGGUUUCCCUAUCAUUCUCCAUCACCAGAGCUUGAAUGAACCUGCAUCGAUUGUGAAGUUGAUAGCGACCAUUGAUAAGGCAACUGGAGAGAUAAUUAAGAAAAAUCCUAGGCAUCUUUCCAAAGGUUCAACGGCGACAGUAAGGAUCAAGCUAGAUAAUAGGCCAAUACCACUCGAAACUUUCAAGGAUAACAAGGACCUUGGACGAGUAAUGCUUCGAAAAGGCGGUGAAACCGUUGCUGCGGGGGUAGUCACUCAGAUCCUUACAUUUGGUUCAUAAAUAAGACAGAAAAUAAUAUAGUGUGUAUAUUGUAAGAAUAGCCUCUCAUAGAUAAAAUAAGCCUGCAAAUUAUGACAAGCACAGAACAAAAAUUUUUUGACGUCACACUCUUUGAGCUUGCUGGUCAAAAACACCACCCACAGCGCUGUUUGCAGGUUGAACAUUUGGCUGUCCUUUUAUUGCACCAUGUCCAUGCCAUACGCCGUUGCCCACUUGGCCGUC